AUGAAUCUGAAAAAAUCAUUAUCUAAGAAAAGUAUCCCUCUUAGUGACUUUGAAAUCUGGAUUGCUGCUCUGCUUGCAAUUUUUGUAUGUGUUUGUGCUGGAUUAAUUACACUUUCAUGGCUACUAAUCAAGGAAUCGCAACAAGGCAGCUUAUACGGAAACAGUCAUGCAUCCACAGGAACAUUUAAAAUACUGUCAGGAGCAUCAUUCAGCCCUGGUUUACAAGACAACUCAUCAGCUGACUUCAAGGCUCUUGCCUUUGAUGUUCAACAAUUGAUAAAUGAAAUCUAUCAAGCAAGUCAGCUGAAGAAUGAAUAUAAGAACUCUGAAGUUUUGCAGUUCAAAAAUGGCAGCAUUAUCGUAAUAUUCAACCUAUACUUUGCACAGUGGAUAUCUAAUGAGAAAGCAAAGAAUGAACUGGUUUUAGGUAUUGAAGCAAAUAAAACUAGCCUUUUGCAGACUAUUAACAUUGAUGUGAACAGCAUAGAAAUCACAGAACCACUCACUACAAGCAAAAAAUUAUGAACUAAGGGCAAUAUAUCUACUUUGAAGUGUUUGCCUCCUGAGGAACCUUGUGCUGAUGCCAUAAACUGCAUAAGUAAAGACUUAUUUUGUGAUGGAGUAUCAAACUGCCCAGAUGGUUCAGAUGAAUCUGAAGAAAUAUGUGCUACAACUUGUGAUGGAAAAUUUAUGUUGACUGGCUCCUCUGGAUCUUUCCACUCUAUUAAUUAUCCAAAGCCUUAUAAUUCAAAUAUUGUUUGCCAAUGGAUUAUACGUACAAAUCAAGGAUUAUCCAUUAAACUAAACUUCACUUCCUUUGAUACCCAACAAUAUGUGGACACUUUAAAUAUUUAUGAAGGUACAGGACCAAGCAAGAUUUUAAGAGCUUCGCUCUGGGGGACUAAUCCUGGAACAGUUUACAUUUUUUCUGAUGAGGCUACAGCGGAGUUUAUUACAGAUUAUUCUGAAAAUUAUAAUGGAUUCAAAGCAACAUAUACCACAUUUCGUACCAGUGAGCUAAGCAAUAAUGAAAAAAUUAACUGCAAUUUUGAAGAUGGCUUUUGUUACUGGAAUCAAGAUUUAGAAGAUGAUGGUGAAUGGGAGAGAAUUAAUGGGCCCACCUUUCCAUUUAUGUCUGGCCCUGAUUAUGAUCAUACAUAUGGCAACUUGUCAGGAUUUUAUAUUUCAACACCCAUAGGACUUGCAGCGAGACAGCAGAGAGUUCGGCUUUUUAGCUUGCCUUUAGUUCCGGCUUCAGAUCAAUUCUGUCUAAGUUUUUGGUAUCAUAUGUAUGGUACUAACGUUUAUCGUUUAAGUAUUAACAUUGUGAAUAGCAAUAACAUGGAAAAGACAGUUUUCCAGAAAGAAGGAAAUUAUGGAAACAACUGGAAUUAUGGACAAGUAACAUUAAAUGAAACAUCUGACUUUAAGGUUAUUUUUGAUGCCUUUAAAAAACCAGGUCUAAGUGAUAUUGCCCUGGAUGACUUUGGACUGAUAAGUGGACAGUGUAAGGAAAGUAUUUAUCCAGAACCAACUUUGGUUCCAACAAGCACUACUCCACCUUCACUUCCCACUGACUGCGGGGGACCAUUUGAACUCUGGGAACCAAAUACUACAUUCAGCUCUAAAAAUUUCCCGAACAACUACCCCCACCAAGCCUCCUGUGUGUGGUAUUUAAAUGCUGGAAAAGGGAAAAACAUUCAGCUUCAUUUUCCAUAUUUUGAGCUGGAAAAUAUCUAUGAUGUAGUUGAAAUCAGAGAUGGAAGAGGAGCAGAUUCCUUGUUUUUAGCUGUCUAUACAGGACGAAACCCUGUUCCAGAUGUCUUCUCUACCACUAACCAGAUGACAGUGCUCUUCAUUACUGACAAAUCUGGAACUCAGAAAGGAUUUCUUGCAAAUUUCACUACUGGUUAUAAUCUUGGCAUGCCUGAACCCUGUGGACCCAAUGCUUAUCAGUGUGGAAGUGGGGAAUGUAUACCCCUUGCUAACCUUUGUGACAAACAGUGGCAGUGUAAAGAUGGCUCUGAUGAAGCAGAGUGUGUGCGUCUGUUUAAUGGUUCUCUAAGCAUCAAUGGAUUGCUACAGUUCAGGAUUGAGAAUAAUUGGUAUAUAGCAUGUGCAGAUUACUGGAGUGAGCAGAUUUCAAAUGAAGUUUGUCAACUGCUAGGACUAGGAAAUAUGAAUACAUCAUCAGCGAUGUUAUCCACUGGAAAUGGGCCAUUUGUAAAAGUCACCAAAGCAGCUAACCAGAGCCUAAUACUUACACCAAGCAAACAGUGUCUCAGUAAUCUGGUGAUUCAUCUGCAAUGCAACAAUAAACCUUGUGGAAAACGACUCAUAACUCAGGAGAUCGGUGCAAAGAUUGUAGGUGGAAGUGAUGCCAAAGAAGGAGCUUGGCCUUGGGUAGUCUUGCUGCUUUUUAAUGAAAAACCUACAUGUGGAGCUUCCCUCAUCAGUGCUGAAUGGCUGGUCUCAGCAGCGCACUGUGUAUAUGGGAGGAAUUUAAUACCGUCUCAGUGGAAAGCAGUUCUGGGCUUGCAUACCACUUUGAAUCUGACAUAUCCUCAAACAGUAAUUGAAGAGAUCGAUCAAAUUGUCAUAAAUCCUCAUUAUAACAAGCGCACAAAAAAUAAUGACAUUGCUAUGAUGCAUCUUCAAUUCAAAGUGAAUUAUACAGAUUACAUACAGCCUAUUUGCUUACCAGAAGCAAGUCAACAGUUUUUGCCAGGAAUGAAUUGCUCCAUUGCUGGCUGGGGUAGAACUACAAAUCAAGGUUCCACUGCAAACAUAUUGCAAGAAGCAGAGAUCCCUCUUAUUACAAAUGAGAAAUGCCAACAAAAAUUGCCAGAAUAUAAUAUUACAGAGAAUAUGAUGUGUGCAGGCUAUGAUGAAGGAGGAGUAGAUUCUUGUCAGGGAGAUUCAGGAGGGUCCCUGAUGAGUCAAGACAAUAACAGGUGGCUUUUGGCAGGUGUGACAUCCUUUGGCUAUCAAUGUGCAUUGCCCCAGCGUCCUGGAGUGUAUGUUCGAAUCACACAAUUUGUGGACUGGAUAAAACAAUUCAUACGUUAGCUUGACUUCAAAAACCAAAAUAGAAUGUAAAAACAAAUAUUAAGCAAGAUUAUAAUAUACCACAUAGCUUUCAGAACUAAUGAUGAGAGAAACUGAAUAAAAUCCUGUCAUUCAAAGUGAGAUUUAGACAUAAACAAACUUUUGGGAGGAAACCAUUAAAUAUUAAGAAAACUCUGUCAUGUCAGAAAGCAAUAUUUCAAAACAGCAGCUGUCUCUUUUGCCACUGGUUCUUACUACUUUACAUUGACAGCUAUAUGAGAUAUGGUUUUACUAUUUGUCCACCUUACAGACAUAUUAUUUAAAAAAUGCCAAUGCCCAGUACAUUAUGGAAACCUGCACAAAGAUUUAGAAGGAGUAAAAUCUGUGAUUUGCAAAGGAUACGCUCUUUAUUGAGUAACAACUAUAUAAAUUAUUAAUCCCAGUUUUUCAGGGUUUUUAUGCUUUCCUUCCCAAUGUCCAUUCCCAUUUCAAUGAACAGGGAAUUUUGUUUAAUAAUCUCCAUACAUCAAAAUGGGGCUGUACCCUAACUGUUUAUGAGAUCAUGAGAGCUCCUUUGUUUCUAUUACAAACAGUUUUGGAAUAAAUUUUAUACAUGGAGAUGGCGUGCAAAUCAAUCUGGCUGCUUUAUAAUGGGAUAAACUAACCUGAGGCCAAUUUUUUUCCCUGGUGUCACUGUUUUGGAAUUAAUUAAGUUACACCAGGGAUGAACACAGUACCUUUUUUUAUUAUUAUUUCUGGCAAACAUCCUGGAAAUUACUGCUAAGCUAUCUAAUUAUAGAUAGACGCUUGUGCACACAAAAACCAAACUCUUCUGUUAUAAACUGUAAUGCUCUUAAAAGCAUCUAACAAUAAGCAUCCUCAGCCAAUUUUGCAAGGAAAAUAAACAUGCCACUCUAGUUGCUGCUUGGUAUAUUAUGUGUUUAUUUUCAGUCAUCAGUACAAAGGACUUUAAAAGAAUGUUUUGGAUUGUUUUGUUUUGGAUUGUUUUGUUUUAACAAUUAGGGUGAAU